AUGGCGUGUGUAGCAGGGAUCUAUUGCGCCAAGGCGGACCCUAAAUCUCUGCUAAGACUCUCGUCUCAGCCGCCUCCCGCAGAGGAGCAGCACUCGUUCCCUUGGAUUCCUGCCGCUGCCGUCCUCUUCCUCACCUUCAGCUGCGGUCAGGCUAUCUAUAGAGCGUGGGCCGACUCCUAUACCAUCUCAUUCAUCGUCACCGCCUACUCUACUCUCCUCGCGCUCUUUUGGUGCCUACGUAGGUUGGACAGGUUGCCCCGCGGCGGCGAUGCCAGUGUCGUCACGGAAGAGAAGUGGCUCAAGUUCGCCGUAUGGCUCCUCUCCCUGGUCCUAAACGGCAUGUUCUCGUUCCGGGUAGGCGAGAUGCUGCCCCCUGCUCUCGCCGCCGUGGUCUGGACAGUGGCCGGAGCGACGACCCUCGUGGGUAUCAUCUACGUCGUCGUCAUAUAUCGCGAGCCCCUCGCGGAUCCUGUUUGCAUCUUCCCACCGCCGUCCAAGGCCGAAACUGUGGCGUAG